AAACACCAUAGAUAACAUAAAAAUAUGUAGUUGGAACUCAAACGGUUUGAAAAAUAAAUUAGGAGAAGUAAUCCAAUUUUUAAAUAUGAUAAAGAUAAAACUUAAAAUCAAAAACUAUAACUGUGUACGCAAAGAUAAAGGUCAUACAGCAGGUGGAGUUGCAAUAUUAAUUAGAAAAGAUUUAGCUUAUAAGGAACUUAGCAUAGACAAUAGUAUUACUAUAGAAUGUAUUUCAAUUAAAUUAGCAAACGAACCAACGCACUAUCCUACCAAUAACUCCACUCCUACCACUAUAGACAUUGCUAUAAAUAAAAAAAGUCAGUCAGACAUGAGAGUCUUGCAUGAACUCAACUCAGAUCACACACCGGUUCUACUAGAACUAGGAUCACAAGAAAGAAACUGUGCUCAGAAAAUAGCCUACGACUACAAAAAAGCGGACUGGACUAAUUUUAGAAAAUACCUUGACCAGAAAACAAUCCUCACAUCAACAAUUAAAACAAACGAUGAACUAGAUCAAACAAUACGAAAAUUCACCUCUGAUAUCUGUAGCAGCAUGAAUAAAACUAUCCCUAAAACAACCUUUAAAAACCUGCAAGAUAAAUUACCAUAUGGUAUACUGCGAAUGAUUAAUAAGCAAAGAAAUCAUCUCAGGAAAAUUUGGCAGCGCUCUAGGCAAAAUAAAAACAAAGUUGAAGUAACAAGACUCACUCAUCAAAUAAGAGCAGCCAUAAUUAAUCACAGAAGCAAGGAAUGGUCCAAUAAAUUGGAAAAGCUGAAUCCUAAUGACAACUCACUAUGGAGAAUGACUAAAAUACUGAAAAUGGAAGACAAUAAUACCCCAGUGCUCGUUAAAAAUGGAGUUGAAGCUUUUACUGACUACGACAAAGCUAAUAUGCUGGCAGACCAAUUUGAACAGGUUCACAACAUAGAUUUAGUUAAUAAUACAUGUGAGCAAGAAAACAUAAUAAAACAGGUAAAGAAAUAUCUAGAAGAAACUGAUAAUGAUAAUGAAAAUUGGGAUAAAUUUAUAACAUCACCACGCGUUCAUCUAGAUUCCAGACUGACAUACCACACUCAUAUCAAACAAGCAAUCAGAAAAGCCUUUAUAGUACAAAAAAAAGUGUAUCCCUUAAUGGUUAAGGGCUCGACAUUGUCAAUAAAAAAUAAAAAACUAAUAUACACAAUGAUUCAGAGACCAAUCCUGACAUAUGCCGCUCCGGUAUGGGGUGGUCCAUCUCCAACCAACUUACACUACUCUUCCAAAGAUACCAAAAUAAAUGUCUUAGACUUAUUCUUUCUGAAAACAGAUACGCAAGAAUUAAAAAAAUGCAUGAGACAACUC